GUAGCGUGCUAAGCAGUGUUACGCUGAGCACACUCGGCUUCUUCGCCGCUUUUGCAAGAGAAGACAACAAUUCCGCGCACCGCGAGUCGCAAUCGCGCCGCAAUUAUUGUUCGAAAAUGUGCGGCACGCGAUCGAUUACACAAAAUAAAUCAAAAUAAAUUAUUAAUUCUACAAUGAUAAAUAAAUUUACCAGUGAUACAAAACUAUUUUCUACGCAAAAAUAUUAAAAUCCCGCGAGAAAGAAAGUUUUUUGUGAAAAUAAAAAAGUGUUGAUAUCAACCACAAAGUGGAGGACAUCUUCGCACACGCACGGUCUUGAUCUCGUUGGGUGUAUGCGCAACACGGUUGAAUUUUUGACUGAUAAGCCUGCAAGCAGCAUCACGAUGCGUUCCGGUAGAUUAUCAUCAUCAUCAACAUCGGCAUGUGUCUUCGUACUCGUCAUAUAUGUUGUAUUGCCAGUUACAUUGGCGAUAACGACAACACACCAUGACAAACCGGAAGAAGCACAACCCAUUCAAAUGGGUAAUAAGAUGCGCGCAGAAGACGGUUUUAUUGUUUCCUCCCCGUUGACUGUAGCCGAUUUAAAUAGCAACACUUCACAAUUAGAAACAUCCGAGCGACAAAAGCGUCUACUGCCCUAUAUGACGUUCUACUUAGAGCAGGAUUUUAAUCGACCACAUGGUCAACAAUUACCAUCAAUAACGCCCACGAAUUACGCGACAACCGGAGCUGUUAAACAACCGACGAUUCUACAACAAUAUCACAACAAAUUCACCGAGCUCACAAACGGCAUUAGCUAUCAACCAGCGACAAAAUUCAAUACGCCAGCGGAUAAAAUCCGACUGACCCCGUUUUCGCUGAACAACGCGCUUCCUGGACCCUUUCUACCCAUGCGAAACCCGCCGAAUGUGGAACAACCACAAAGUGUACGUGCACAAGUCCAGAUUCAAUUACAACCGCCGACAAAAGCCAGUUUUACAUCAACAGGCACCGGAACGAGCGGUGCUGGUGGCGGGUCAAACAAACAACCGAAUUAUAGCGCGAUAUACGACAAGUUAUCGCAAUUAAAACUUCAGCAACAGUACCAAUUAGCGCAAACUUUUACGCGUCAAUAUCCGCCGCAGCAGGUGCUGCAGUUGCAAGUGGCGCAUCCAUUGCAUUCCAAUCAAAAUCCACCUCAACAUUCACACCAAGCAAAUUAUAGAAAGCCGCCACCACCGCAGCAACAGCAGCAAGUACAACAGGUCAGCUACAUCCCGAUUCGUGAUUACGUUCACGUGCCGCAUAAACAAUCCCCGUCGAAAACAAUCGUACAAACCUACACGCCGUCGAGUAUCGAUAUCCCGUCGCCCAGUCACGACAAAGAGACCAACAACAACGACGUCAAUAAUGACGAAGGAAAUGCGGUCACCAGCGAUGAAGACGUGCAAUACGAGCCCGAACACAUCCACCAACAGCACAACCUGCAUCAACACCACCAUCAUGUCCCGCUGCCCGUUAAAACUUAUAACGAGCCGACUGUCAAACAUUAUGGCCUCCGUGUGCAACCCCAACCGCAGAAUUUGGACGAAUUCAAGUUUGCGCCCGUCGAAGUUAAGAAGCACGUACUCAAGCCAGUCAUCCUCGUGCGACAGAAACCGACGUCGGCGAAUAACGCCGGCAAGCCAUACUUAAUUCUACAGAGGAAACCGACGCCCACACAAUUGCCAAACACGCCGCAGCAGAAACCCUACGACUACGAGCUGCAAAUACCCGAAACAAUCAACUUCAGACCGAUCAAGUUUAAUUAUCCGACUGUGCCGAAAUACCAACAACAUCACCACCAACCACCGCAGCAUCAGCAGCAAGACGACCGCGAUGAGGAAAUCGGAAAGAUUGUGGUCGAAAGCGUCACACCCAAAUACAUUGAUAUCAUUCCAAAGUAUGAAGUGAAACCCACGCUGUUGGCGUAUUCACCAAACUAUGGAAAACCAUAUAAAUAUUCUUUCCAAGCGAGUGGGCCUUCAGGAUCAGCACCGUCUGGUCCCACGGCGAUUAGAACAGUACUCCCGCAAGAUUUAUCACAUAAUACGCAUGCUAUUCCUCAACCACCUAUACCAGCAACGCCACAUCCGCAUAUUAUUAGUUAUCAACGUCCUAUGCCUCAGGAAGAGUAUAAACCAUCGCAACCAUCAACAAUCAACUCCCAGGAACAAGGAGACUAUGUAGAUACAGAAGAUGUGAAAUAUCAGAAACCUAAAUAUCGCCCGACUGUACAAGUUGAAUACGCGGAUAGUGAAGAUAAUGAUGAGGAAGCACCCAUUACAACUAAAUCUCCGGAACCUGUGUACCACCACCGUCCAACUAGUGGGAAAUAUUCUCACCCGGUAGUAAAUGAACCUACUUAUGUAACAACGCCAACUCCUUAUCCCACAAAAGUGGUCUUCACACCAACUGUCGCUACUAAUCCUGCACCACUUCAUCAACACGCAAGUUCCAAUGAUCACGAACCAGAGUAUCAAGAAGGUUCUAAUUCCUUGAGUUUAAUUCUGAAAAAACUACAAGAUACAAACGCAUUGCCACAAACAUUAACGCCUGAUAAUAUUGACAACAGUAUCCGAACUUUAGUGAAAAUCCUAAGCGGAUUGAAAAAGACGCCGAAAUUUCAAAGACCUAUAGUGGUGCAGGAUGAUUCCGGUGAUUAUGAAGGCAAUAAUGAAGCAGGGGUUGGUCUGGGAGAAGUUCCGGGAACCGUGACGCAGAUAUUCCCAGAGAAUACUCCCGAAGGUGGCACGCCAGGAACACCCGGUGUGGAUUACCCCGCAUUGUCUAGUAUUCCACAGACUGAUUUCAAUUGCAAGACACAGAGGUAUAAAGGAUUCUUUGGUGAUCCAGAUACACAUUGCCAGGUUUGGCACUAUUGUGAUCUGAACGGUGGGCAGGCCUCAUUCCUCUGUCCGAAUGGUACGAUUUUCAGCCAAGUCGCAUUGACUUGCGACUGGUGGUACAAUGUGAAGUGCUCCAACACCGCGCAACUUUACGUGUUGAAUGAGAGACUCUACAAAUACAUUUUACCCUUGGCACCGAAAUUCCCCGAAGAUUAUAGUGGACCACUUGUUGAUAGAUAUCUUGCGUUGAAGUUCCAAGAAAUGGAAGAAAAGAUGAAGAAAGAACGCAAACCCAAUAAGGAAAACUCUCCAGACGAAGAUGGCAAUACAUCCACAUCAAAUUCGAAAGAAUCUGGUGAUACAAACAACUCAUCACAGGAGAAUGAAACGGUGCAGGACGACGCGGAGGAACUGCGUAAAGAGACGCAUCGACACGAAGCAUCGCUGCAUGCGUCGACUGAAUCUGCAUCCCCCACGCAUUCGGCACCAAUCAUCGUGCCGGAUGAGUCUAAUGAAACGACAACGUCCGCGGAAAACGAAGACGUUUCCUAACUAUACAUACGCACUUACACAUACAGAAAAUGAUAAUCCUAUCUCCCCCGAUAUUUAUUUAUUAAUUGCUCUGCGCAAUGCAAAUAACUAUUUAUUUUUCUAUCUUGAUGCUUCGUAACUUUCGUUUAUCGUCGCUUAUUUUCACUAGUUUUAAGAAAUAUUUUAGCCAUUUAUUUUAUAUGAAAAUCUAUCGUGUUGCCGAAAAUGUGCAAUAAACAAAGCGGUGUUAUUAAAUCUCGAAAGAUUCGCGUGAUUCGAGCACCGCUUGCAAAUUUGUCAUUUUAUAAAUUCUUGAAUAUUGUAAAAUGCCAUAACAUAGUUGAGUUAUUUUUUUAGAAAUUAAGCAUUAAAGAACGUAGCUUGGAAUGAUUUUCGAUAGAGAAAAAUCAUUUUGAAAGAAUUAUUUUGUUGCGCAUAUAUUUCUCUAGUCAUUGCGUCGUAUGAAUAAAUAAUAUUGUGUAUAAAACUAUUACGUAGACUACUCUUCUGACUAGAUUAUAUAUUAUUGUUUGUAAAUACUUUUAUACGCAAAUAAAUAUUUUAAUAUGA